AUGUUCGCAGGCUUUAAGGGACUCAAAGCCUAUAUCAAGUCCACCGUGCAAUGGCUACAUAAGCAACCGUGCAACAGGACGCAAGGGAACUACAACACUGAACUUCCCAGCUACUACUUGCUACCCUCAGGUGAUCAGAUCCCAUCGGUUGCGCUUGGUGUCUCCAAGGCGAGCCCGGGUGAUGUUGGGCAGGCUGUCACCGCAGCUUUGAAGACUGGGUACAGGCACAUCGACGGUGCUUGGACAUAUCGGAACGAAGAAGAGAUUGGCAAGGCCAUCAAGGAAAGUGGCAUUCCUCGAGACCAGAUAUGGCUUACCUCAAAACUCUGGACUACCUUUCACGCACCGGACGACGUUGAGCCGGCCCUCGAUGAGUCUUUGACCAAGCUCGGCACAGAAUAUCUCGAUCUAUACAUCAUUCAUUGGCCCAUUGCGCACAAGAAGGGCGGCAAGGACGAGCUAGAUGUUGCUUUGACCGCGAAUCCAUACCCCACUUGGAAGAAGCUGGAAGAGAUGGUUGACAAGGGCAAGGUCCGCAACAUCGGUAUCAGCAACUUCAACAUUGGGAGGGUCAAGAACCUGACCGGCAAUCCACUCAAGUAUCAGCCGGCUGUGAACCAAGUGGAGCUCAACUUCUGGAAUCCGCAGCCCGAACUGAUCGAAUGGGCACGCGAUAACAAGCUUCUGCUCCAGUCAUUCUCGCCGCUCGGAGGCAGCAAACGGGCGAAGGAGACGCUCAAUGUGCCCGAGAUCACGGAAAUCGCGAAGAAGCUUAAUAUCACACCCGCCCAAGUCAUUAUCUCGUGGCACGUCCAGCGCGGCACCGUUGUCCUGCCUAAGAGCGUCACGCCCUCUCGUAUCGAGGAAAACUUCAAGAUCUUCGCCCUGCCCGGCGAUCUCUUUGACAUGCUUGAAACUGCUGCCGAAGGUAUUUGA